AUGGCGGAUUAUCGAAAAGGCAAGUUCUUCUGUUUCUCCUUCUUUGUAUCGCUUAGUUUGCUUUUCCUUUCGCCGGAUGCAUCUUCGUUUGUCGCCGCUUCCGAGUCCGAUUCGAUUCCGUACGAGAACUCAGAUGUUUCUCCUGGAGUCGUGACCGACAGCGAAUCCGACAGGCAAGGCGUUUCAUUGCAUAGACUGGAGGAACUUGUUAGGAAUCUUACGGAAAUAGUUGCUAGAUUAGAUGCUAGGUUAUCUGAAGCUUCGCUCAAGCGAAAGGACGAGAUCAGCCGCCAAAUGGAAGAAGAAGAAGAACACAGUAACGGGGUUAGAGAGAAAGCUAAGGCGUUUUCCGUGACAAAGUACAGUCCUUUCUGGUCAGAGAGAUUCGAGUUCACAUCCGCUGUGAAGCUAGAUUCCGACGCUACUUGUAUCAACGUGUUGCCGUUUCGAGAUUACGAAGGUUUAAGCAAGUAUUUCGCAGUCGGGGAUUCAAGUGGUAAGGUUUAUGUGUUCUUGAGGAAUGGUGAUGUUUUGGUCGAGUUUUCCACCACCUGUGAUUCGCCAGUCACGGCAAUGGUUUCUUACAUGUCUGUGUAUAAGAACGAGAGCUUCGUGGUGACGGGACACCAAAGCGGAGUCAUCUUGCUGCAUCGACUCCGCGAGGGCUCCAUCGGGGAAGAUUGGAACUCCGCCGUGAUGGAAAACGUUGGCAAGUUUGAUGGCACGGAGGAUGGUUUGCAAGUGACUCUACUGGAAGUGCAUCAUGUGGGUCGGGUUAGGUAUAUAUUGGCGACGGAUCUUAGCGGUAAGCUCACCGUUUACACUGAGAACAGAACGGUUUAUGGCUCCGUAACGCCAUCUAGUAGACCGCUCGUGUUCUUGAAGCAGAGGCUGUUGUUUCUCACCGAGACUGGUGCUGGUUCAUUGGACUUGAGAAGCAUGAAGAUCAGAGAAUCCGAGUGUGACGGUUUGAACCAUUCUCUAGCGAGAACUUACGUCUUCGAUGCGUCUGAACGGUCUAAGGCUUACGGAUUCACGUCCGAAGGCGAAGUCAUCCACGUGUUGCUUCUUGGUGACAUCAUGAACUUCAAAUGUAGAGUGAGAUCAAGGAAGAAGUUUCAAAUGGAGGAGCCUGUGGCGUUACAAGCCAUCAAAGGCUAUCUUCUUGUUGUCAGCCAAGAGAAAGUCUUUGUGUACAAUGUAUCGACUCAGCAUUAUGUUCGAACCACGGGUCCUCGGCUUCUUUUCCCUGCCGCGUUAGAAGAUAUUAGGUCAACGUUCUUGAGCCAUCGAGAGUCAUCUAAAACCAAUCGCCGGAAGCUCGAAAAGUCAACUCCUUUGAUAGCAAGUGACCGGGAAAAGCUUCUUGUGAUGGGUUUAGGUGACGGAUACGUCGCUACAUACAAAUCAAAGCUUCCGGUUUCCAAAGGAGAGUUCAACACAAUGCUUUGGAGCAGUCCUGUGUUCUUCUUCAUACUGUUUUUAUUCGCCGCUUGGCAUUUCUUCGCCAAGAAGAAAGAAUCUCUCACAGCUUGGGGACCCGACGAUCCUUUCGCCUCCACGACGGUACAUUCAUCUUCGGUAACAGAACGUUCUUUCUCUGAUCCAUCUAGGAGAAACGAUGAUCUCAUGGAUCUCCGAAGAAGGUACGUUUCGCCGUCUCGGUACCCUCCUGGAGCAGCAGCAGGUACUUACCGGUCAGUUGCCUCUAACGACCCGAGCUCGAGAGCUCCGGUGGAGUCUACUAAUUACAGAACAACGGCGCAGGAGAUGAAUUACCGCGGUGGGUCAGGUCUUGAUUCAAGUGGGUUUGGUCAAAGAAGAGAGAGCUUGUUUGGUAAUAACAAAGCUUUAGACGACGAAAAUUAA